AUGAGCACUACAGCUUCAACCAAAGUGGACGCCACUACCAAGAAAUCAAAGGCCCCAGCCUCUUCUGGGGUCGAAAAUCUCGGACCCGCAUUUGACCCUUUCGCUCCUGUCGAUGAUACCCCUUCAGUUGAAAAGACCGUAGGAAGCAAAAAUGACAAGAUUCAUAUCCGUCUCCAACAACGAAAUGGUCGAAAGACUCUCACUACAGUCCAGGGAAUUCCCAAGAAAUUCGACCACACCAAGAUCCUUAAAGCGAUGAAGAAAGAAUUCGCAUGUAAUGGAACUGUAGUCAAACCUGAUGAAGCUGGUGAAGAUGAUUCACCAGCGCCAACUGGAGUUAAACCUAACUUAGGUGAUGUUCUUCAAUUACAAGGUGAUCAAAGAACAGUAGUUAGGCAAUUCCUCAUAGAUGCUGGUAUUGUCGCUCAGAAAGAAGCUAAAGAUUCUAUCGUUGUCCACGGUUACUAA